CACGCCGCCGACGCGGUGACGUCACGCCGCCGACGCGUCGACCCGUCCGCGCUCGACGCGGUGACGUCGCACGUUUCCUUCUCACCCCCCUCCCUCUCUCUCUACGCGAUGACGUCCACCGGGGUGGAUGGGCGGGCUGUGGGCGGGGCACGUUUGGGGGUGCCCACGUGACCCCGGGGUGAGGGAGAAGAAGCCCCGCGCGGCCGCCAUCUUAGUCAAGGCGUUCGUGAGGCCCCCGCGGUUUUCCCGCGCAAGGCGGGCGGGAGGGGGGCGCCCCCCACAAAAUAAAAAAGUAAAAUCCCGGCUCCAGGAUGCCCACGACGUGCGCGGCGUUCGGCUGCAAGUCCGUGGUAAGCAAGAACAACGACAUCAGCUUCCACAGGUUCCCGCUGGACCCGCUGCGGCGCAGGGAGUGGGUGCGUCGCGUGCGGCGGAUCAACUUCGUGCCGAGCCGCCACACCUCGCUGUGCUCCAAGCACUUCCACAGCUCGUGCUUUGACCGUACGGGGCAGACGACGCGGCUCCGCGACAACUCCCUCCCCUCCAUCUUCAGCUUCCCCAAGUACACGGCCUCCACCUCCCGACGGCGACUCAAGAAAAAGAAGCUGCAGCUGCAACUGCAGCAGCAGCAGCAGGAGGAGGAGGAAGAAUCACAGUCCCAGCUGCCACCGCAGUUACAGCCGCUGUCUCAGGAGCAGGAGCAGCAGUAUGAGCUGCAGCUACAGCAGCAGCAGCUCCAGCAGCUGCUGCUGCUGGAACAGCCGCAGCCGCAGCUGGACCCGCAGCUGCAGCAGCCGCAGCCGGGAGAUGGCGCCGACCCCGCCGCCGACCCCGCCGCUGACCCCGCUGCCGCCGCCGCGUCCCCUCACCCCAAGCGGCGGCGCCGGCGCGUCAAGCUCCUGGAUGACGGCUCUGUCGCCGGCGAGCUGGCCACCUUCGUCAACGCCACGCACUUCAUGCCGAGCCCCGGCCACGACGGCCACGACGGCCGCGACGGCGACUCGCCGGCCGACGCCGCCGGCGCCCCGAGCCGGGCGAGCGCCGUGGCGACGGUGGGGCGCCUCCUGUCGGUGGCGGGCGUGUGCGCCCCGCCGGCGCCUCGCGGCGUCGGCCUCGAGCACAACUACUCGCUGGGGACGCCCGGCGUGGCCAAGCGCAAGAUCGUGCGGCUCGAGGAGGAGCUGGAGGGGGCGCGGCGCAAGCUGAAGCUGUGCCGGCAGCGCGCCCGCCGGGCCGAGCGCCGCUGGCGCGACCUCCGUGAACUCGUCGAGGAGCUGCAGGCCAAGGAGCUGCUGCCCAGCGGGAGGGCGAGCACCAUCCUGCAGAGGGCGCUGACGGACAUCUCCCUCACCAUGUAGGGCGGCGGCGACGGCGGCGCCGGCGAUUUCCCCGUUACAGCCUUGACAGAUUGUUGGGGCGAGCGCUGUUAGCGAGCAGCAGCAGCAGCAGCACCCCUACGAAGGCCGGCGCUGCGGCACACGA